UCUCCUGCUGACUUGUUUUACUCAGCUGAGGCUGGAGCUUACUGGUAAAAAGGGAAUUUGAAUUCCGGUCUCAGUCGUCACUGAACGGGCGUAGUAUCCAGCACUCACCCCUUUGUUCGCUUAUUCCUCGACCUGAACACUGUUUUCAGCUGUUUUUGGCUCUUUUAACUGUUUUACAACUGAUGUCAACACCACAUUUUCUCAACAUGGACGAAUUAUCUCAGGGUGCUCAGAUGGAGGUCCAUAGGGAAUUCAUGGAAAGAAGAAUAAGGCACGACAGUGAGCAGUCGUCAUGCAGCGUGCCGGAGUAUAAUGACCUGGAGGCGGCCGAAGCCCUUGUCUGCAUGAGCUCCUGGUGUCAGGUGUAUCCAAGAAGCAGUGCCUUCAAACCUCGUCCUCUAACCCCAGCAUCCGAUUCCUGUGACUCCCUCCUGCAACCGGAACUUCCAGAGACUCCCAAAGACUUCGUCUCGCUCUCGUCAUUGUGUAUGACGCCGCCUCACAGUCCCAACUUUUCGGAGACCUCCACUACCCUGCCAGUUCCAAACUCCCCCUUAAGUCGACGAUGCUCAAGCGCCUACAGCUCCAGACUCCAGCGACCCAUCGCCGAGAUGUCUCCUCAGAUGUCUCCUCAGUUGUCUCCCGCUGCUGAGAAGCAGUCCUCCCUACCCUGCAGAGCAAUGGCAACCAGCGUCAUUCGUCACACGGCUGACAGCUCCCUCUACCAGAACAUUCCACAGACUGUCCACCACCAGAAUCCAGCCUCUACACAGUCGCAGCAACCACAGCAGCAACCAGCACAGCCUGAGGUACCUUCACCAGCCUCUUCGCCGCUCAUGCCGGUCGUCUUUCAAACAAACAGCAGCAGCAGCAUCCACUCUUUCGAUGACAAACCCUCUUCCAAAUCAUCUCCUUGCUCACCGCCUCCCACUUCCAGUCCACCAAUCAUAUGCCAGAUGUUUCCAGUCGCCCAACCGGGAGUCAUAUCUGCAGCAUUCAUCAGCGGGAGUCCGGUUCCAAGACCAAGUUCUGGAGUCAAGUCCAUUCUUCCACAGCCGCUCUUCAUGGGUUCACCGGUGGCUCAGGGCACGGUGAUGCUGGUGAUGCCCCAGACCUCAGUGUCUCAGAGUCCACAGUGUCCUCAGCAGACGGUCGUGACCUUAGGUAACACCAAGCUGCUGCCUCUAGCACCUGCCCCCGUCUACGUACCGUCAGGCCAGAGCAGCACCACGCAGGUGGACUUCUCACGCAGACGCAACUACGUCUGCAACUUCCCGGGCUGCAGAAAGACCUACUUCAAAAGCUCGCAUCUCAAAGCGCAUCUCAGGACUCACACAGGUGAGAAGCCCUUCAGCUGUAAUUGGGAAGGCUGUGAGAAAAAGUUUGCCCGAUCUGACGAGCUCUCUCGACACCGGAGAACACACACCGGAGAGAAGAAGUUCGUCUGCCCUGUUUGUGACAGAAGAUUCAUGCGCAGCGACCACCUCACCAAACACGCCCGCCGUCACAUGACCACCAAGAAGGUGCCUUCCUGGCAGACGGAGGUGAAGAACCUCAACAAGAUAACCACCACGGUAACCAAGGCCCCGCCCACAGCCUCCGCUCUGCCAAUCAGCAUGCUGUUACCUGCCACAAACUGAAUCUGAACGAAUCAGAGCUCACCUCCGGCUACACAGGGACUCUUAUUGGAGGACAAGGCUGCUAAUUAUCUCAUGGACGAUAAUAAUAAUAAUAAUAUUACAGAAACAUGCACUGGACUCUUUUUACUCUUCUUCUUAUUUUCUCUCUUCUGUUCUACGGCUCGUUUUUUGUAUACCCUGCGAUAAAUGCAACAUUCAUUUGUUAAUGUUUACUUGUGAUAAUGAUUCAUGCACUCUACAGCUCUGAAAAAAAAAACAUAAUAAUAAGAGACCACUUAUAAAAACCAUGAGUUUCUUUGAUUUUACCACAUUAAAAACCUCUGGAAUAUAAUAAUCAAGACAUCAAACCAAGCUGAACUGCUUAAAUUUAUGCACCAGGAGUAAAGGCAUAAUAUAAAGUUAUCCAAAAUCAGUGUGCAAAACUGGUGGAGGCCAAGUUUUAAUGCCACCAGGGUCAUUCCACCACAUAUUGAUUUCUGAACUCUUAAAACUUUUUUUUGUUAUUUCAGCUUCAUUUCUCAUUUUCUGCAAAUAAAUGCUCUAAAUGUUUUAUUUGAUUUUAUUUGAUUUUUUGAGAAAUGUCUGUAGUUUAUAGAAUAAAACAGCAAUGUUUAUUUUACUCAAACAUAAACCUAUAAAUAGCAAAAUCAGAGAAACUGAUUCAGAAAAUAAGGUGCUCUCUUAUUAUAUUUAUAAUUUUUUUCAGAGCUUCAUAUUUUGUUGCCAAAGUCUUUGUACAAAGUCUGUCUCAGAAUUUCAUCUGUGUUCUGUAUAUAUUUACGUGAAUACUCUUUUAGAAAGAAAUAUGUUAUGUUCUUUACUGCCUAAAUAAAAGAAUAUGUGUACAUAUAUAUAUAUAUAUAUAUAUAUAUAAACAACGUAUGAAUAAUUAUCAGCAAUGUGAUAAUAAUCAUAUUGUCUGUUAUCUUUUAUUUAAUACCCAUUUUUAGUAAAGAAUGAUGAAUGAAUACUCUA